AUGUCUGAAGCUGUGCAUGAACCAACGACGGAGAAGGCUCCACAGGUUCCACCUAGUGAGUCUGACGAGUCUGACGACGAUGACAUCGACGCUUUGAUCGAUGAGUUGCAAUCCAACCACAACUUGGACGAUGAGGAGUCCGAGGAUGAAGGUAGAGCCGCUGCAGGUGAAGCCAGAGUCAUCCCAGAAGAGAUGUUGCAAACCGACCCAUCGUACGGUUUGACCUCUGACGAAGUAACCAAGAGAAGAAAGAAGUACGGUCUUAACCAGAUGGCUGAGGAGAACGAGAACUUGCUUGUCAAGUUUUUGAUGUUCUUCAUUGGUCCAAUUCAAUUCGUUAUGGAGGCUGCUGCUAUCUUGGCUGCCGGUUUGGAAGAUUGGGUCGAUUUUGGUGUUAUCUGUGGUUUGCUUAUGUUGAACGCUGGUGUUGGUUUCAUUCAGGAAUACCAAGCCGGCUCCAUUGUCGAUGAAUUGAAGAAGACUUUGGCUAACACUGCCAUUGUCAUUAGAGAUGGUGAACUGGUCGAGAUUCCAGCCAACGAGAUCGUCCCAGGUGACAUCCUGCAAUUGGAAGAUGGUACCGUUAUCCCAGCUGAUGGUCGUAUUGUUACUGAGGACUGCUUUGUUCAAAUCGACCAAUCUGCCAUCACUGGUGAGUCCUUGGCCGUUGACAAGCACUAUGGUGACCAGACUUUCUCCUCUUCCACCGUUAAGAGAGGUGAGGCUUUCAUGAUCGUUACCGCUACUGGUGACAACACUUUUGUCGGUAGAGCUGCUGCUUUGGUUAACCAGGCUGCUGGUGGCCAAGGUCACUUCACCGAAGUCUUGAACGGUAUUGGUAUUAUCUUGUUGGUUUUGGUCAUCAUCACUUUGUUGGUUGUCUGGACCGCUGGUUUCUACAGAACCAACCGUAUCGUUCCAAUCUUGAGAUACACCUUGGGUAUCACCAUUGUCGGUGUUCCAGUCGGUUUGCCAGCUGUCGUUACCACUACCAUGGCUGUCGGCGCUGCUUACUUGGCUAAGAAGCAAGCUAUUGUCCAAAAGUUGUCCGCUAUUGAGUCUUUGGCUGGUGUCGAGAUCUUGUGUUCUGAUAAGACUGGUACUUUGACCAAGAACAAGUUGUCCUUGCACGAACCAUACACUGUCGAGGGUGUCUCUGCCGAUGACUUGAUGUUGACUGCUUGUUUGGCUGCUUCCAGAAAGAAGAAGGGUUUGGAUGCUAUCGACAAGGCUUUCUUGAAAUCUUUGAUCAACUAUCCAAAGGCUAAGAACGCUUUGACCAAGUACAAGGUCUUGGAAUUCCACCCAUUCGACCCUGUCUCCAAGAAAGUUACCGCUGUUGUUGAAUCCCCAGAAGGUGAAAGAAUUGUCUGUGUUAAAGGUGCUCCUUUGUUCGUCUUGAAGACUGUCGAGGAAGACCACCCAAUCCCUGAGGAUGUCCACGAAAACUACGAGAACAAGGUUGCUGAGUUGGCUUCCAGAGGUUUCAGAGCUUUGGGUGUCGCUAGAAAGAGAGGUGAAGGUCACUGGGAAAUUUUGGGUGUUAUGCCAUGUAUGGAUCCUCCAAGAGACGACACUGCUCAAACUGUUAACGAAGCUAGACGUCUAGGUCUAAGAGUUAAGAUGUUAACUGGUGACGCUGUCGGUAUCGCUAAGGAAACUUGUAGACAAUUGGGUUUGGGUGACAACAUUUACAACGCUGAAAGACUAGGUCUAGGUGGUGGUGGUGACAUGCCAGGUUCUGAAUUGGCUGACUUUGUCGAGAACGCCGACGGUUUCGCUGAAGUUUUCCCACAACACAAGUACAAGGUUGUCGAAAUUUUGCAAAACAGAGGUUACUUGGUUGCUAUGACUGGUGACGGUGUUAACGAUGCCCCAUCUUUGAAGAAGGCUGACACCGGUAUUGCCGUCGAAGGUGCUACCGAUGCUGCUAGAUCCGCUGCUGAUAUUGUUUUCUUGGCCCCAGGUUUGUCUGCUAUUAUUGAUGCUUUGAAGACCUCGAGACAAAUUUUCCACAGAAUGUACUCUUACGUCGUCUACCGUAUCGCUUUGUCUCUACAUUUGGAAAUCUUCUUGGGUCUAUGGAUUGCUAUUCUAAACCACUCCUUGAACAUCGAAUUGAUUGUUUUCAUUGCUAUUUUCGCUGACGUUGCUACUUUGGCUAUUGCUUAUGACAACGCUCCUUACUCUCAAAAGCCUGUCAAGUGGAACUUGCCAAGACUAUGGGGUAUGUCCAUCAUUUUGGGUGUUAUCUUGGCUGUCGGUACUUGGAUUACUUUGACCUCCAUGUUCUUGCCAAAGGGUGGUAUCAUCCAAAACUUUGGUUCCAUUGACGGUGUCUUGUUUUUGGAAAUCUCCUUGACUGAAAACUGGUUGAUUUUCAUCACAAGAGCAGUUGGUCCUUUCUGGUCUUCUAUCCCAUCUUGGCAAUUGGCCGGUGCGGUGUUCGCCGUUGACAUCAUCGCCACCAUGUUCACCUUGUUCGGCUGGUGGUCUCAGAACUGGACCGACAUUGUCACUGUCGUCCGUAUCUAUAUCUGGUCUGUCGGUGUCUUCUGUGUCAUGGGUGGUGCUUACUACCUAAUGUCUGAAUCUGAAGCAUUCGACAGAUUGAUGAAUGGUAAGCCAAUGAAGGAACCAAAAUCGACCAGAUCCGUCGAAGACUUCUUGGCUGCCAUGCAAAGAGUCUCUACUCAACACGAAAAAGAACAUUAA